AGUGUUUACUUCAACAUGGCGGAUAUAUACUACUUCACAGACGACGAGACGGAGCACAGUAAAGAUGAGAGCAGCGGGGGAGGCGGCGAAGGACCUGCAGGAGCGGUGGAGGACAUGGGGGGGCCGACGUGUCCGGGCGGCGGCGGCAGCGACGAGGAGGACGAGGAGGAGGAGGAGGAGGAAGGCGGGGGCGGCGGCGGGGGCGGGCCGGGGGAUGACGUCUGCAAUACGGGCUAUGAGGACGACAUGGUCUCGGCCACCCCCCUCGCCAGGCUCAUCAAGUGCGCCCACUCCGAUAACUACUUCGACAGACAGAUGGUGGCCCGCAGCAUCCAGGAGACGCUGCGGGCGGUUGUGGGCGUCAGCGAGGACGUGCACGCCGUCCUCGAGAUUAUGACCUCGCUCUCCUCCAAUGAAGAGGCUGCCGUGCGGACCGAGCUGAUGGAGCAGGUGCCCCAGAUCGCGGUGCUGUGCCACGAGUACCCGGCCAGCCUGGGGGGCGUGGUGGCCGGGAACCUGGUGCCCAUGGUGGUGCGCUACCUCACCGACCCCAACAACCAGGUGCGCAAGACGUCCCAGGCGGCGCUGCUGGUGCUGCUGGAGCAGGAGCUGGUGGGGCGCGCCGAGGUGCACAGCCAGGUGUGUCCCGUCAUCCUCAACCUCACCUCCAGCGACGCCCUCGACGAGUUCAAGACGGAGGCGGUGGCGCUCAUGUCCAAGAUGGCGCCGCUCAUUGGCCGGGAGAUGACGGAGCGCCUCUUCCUGCAGCGCUUCACGACUCUCUGCUCCGACGCGCUCUUCCAGGUCCGGAAAGUCUGCGCUUCGAACUUCGGCGACUUCUGCAGCGUCGUCGGCAGCAGACCCACAGAGGACCUCCUGGUAUCCAAGUUCAUCAGCCUGUGUGAGGACGGCGUGUGGGGUGUGAGGAAGGCCUGCGCGGAGGUCUUCAUGGCGGUGUCCUGUGCCUGCUCCCUCGCCACGCGGAAGGACAGACUCUCGCCCGUGUUUGUCUCCCUCCUUACCGACCAAAGCAGAUGGGUUCGUGUGGCGGCCUUCCAGAACUUGGGUCCCUUCAUCAGCACCUUCGCAGACCCCAGCGUGACCGGCCUGCACUACAACGAGGAGGGCGUGCUGGUCAUCGGCACCCCGCAGGACCCCGCCGGGCCGCACCACGAACUGAAUGCAGACACAGUGGUGGUAGCAGACCGAGGGGGCGGCGAGGAGGGGAGGGAAGACAGCCAAACAGCAUCACUGUCAUCAGAGUUCAGAGAACACCACUAUGACAGCUCAGAACAGGAGUGCCGAGAGGAGGACAGAGAUUUGAGGGAGGAGGAGCCCAUGGAGGUGGAAGAGGAGGAAGAAGAUGAGGAGGAGGAGGAUGAGCAACAUAGUAAGAAAGUACAGGGACAGGGUAACUCAAGUGAGGUAGAAUCCGGGAGUAUAGAAGACUCGUCCACACACCUCCACAGUGCUGAGGAGAGGCGAGCACUGGCAUACCUCUUCUCCAAUGCCUCUAAUGCCAACACCCUGAACAGCAGUGACAGCUACCACAGCACCUCGCAGCAUGAAGCACAGAGCCCAGUGCAGCCCACCACACAGGAGCAGCAGCAACUUGAGGAUGUCCAGAACCAGAAUUUUGAGACCAAUCCACAACCAGAGCCGUCAGAACCUCACAGCCAGACCAGUCCAGUAAUCCCAACAGACCCUAUUGAGGACACCACCACAACCACCACCACCCAGCCCUCACAAGACACCACCCAAGAAGCACCAAGCCAGGAGCCAGGAGAAUCCCCUGUGCCCGCUGUGCCUCCCAACACCCUGCCGGGUCCUUUGGAAGGGAACCAGAUGCAGUGCAACAACCUCCUCACGGUGUCCGGCACUGAGGGUCACCUACAUGUUCACCUGGAUAACAACCCCGCCUUCAACACAUUCAACUACUGGCGCACGCCCAUCCUCCCCAUAGAGCUGCCCAUCCCCAAGAUUGAGGUGGACAUUGACAUCACCGGCCAGACCACCAACGUGUGUGUCAAGGCCAAGGUGCAGGAGAAGGAUGACACCUACCAAAGCCAAGUCAACCUCACCAUGGCCACAGAGUCCAGCAGCAGCCCCAGUAUCAUCGUGGCCACCUCCAAACAGGAGCUGCCUCCCCAACAGUCCCAGCCACAGAACACCAUUGAGGCUGACCUGGAGGCCCUGGCUGCCUCCCUCCAGAGUGUGAUGGUGGAGGACGAAGAAGAUGAGGAUGAGGGGGUAGAGAAGGACAGAGGAGAGACACAGCACUCAGAAGGAGAGAGCUCCGAGGUGGCACAGGUGAGCACCCCCCAGCCAGCCACAUACGCCCAGGUGUGUGCUGCCUCCGUCACCUCAGUGCAGCACAAGAGCGACCCGCAGCCUUCCAUCUUGGCCUCACGGCUCACCGAGGCGCGUGUCAGCAUGUCCGGCGGUUCCGUCACCGAAAUUAAAAAACGAGAGAUGGAUGUAGUGUCUCCCAGUGACUCUGCGGCACCACGGCCCAGCCUGCCCGGCCAGCCCUCCCUCCUCACCCAGCGAAUAGUAGACCCCUUCACCAUGAUGCUGCCGUCGGGGGAGAAGGCCCCAGGGCAAGACCAUCCGCCACACAACAUGGAGUUCAUCAAUCUGAGUCAGGACAUUGUUCCCAAGACUCUGCUGGAGCACUACAUCAGCAUGACAGAUCCAAUGCGGGCAGAGUCAGUGGACACUGAACUCACACGGCACUGUGCCUACUCCCUGCCGGCAGUGGCCCUCACCCUGGGCCGCCAAAACUGGCCUGUGCUCAAGGACACCUAUGAAACCCUGGCUGGAGACAUGCAUUGGAAGGUGCGGAGGACACUGGCCUUCAGCAUCCACGAGCUGGCCGUCAUCCUGGGGGAGGAGAUCGCCCAGAGUGACUUGGUGCCAGUCUUCAAUGGAUUCAUCAAGGACCUGGAUGAGGUUCGCAUUGGGGUGUUGAAACACUUGGCUCACUUCCUUCGCCUGCUGAGACCCCAGAACAGACGGGACUACCUGCCCCGCAUGGAUGAAUUUCUGCGCACAGACAACGAAAACAACUGGAGGUUCAGGCUUGAGUUGGCCACCCAGCUGGCAGACAUCAUUGAUCUGUUCUCCCCCCAGGAUUGCCAGACCUUCAUAGCACCCAUUGCUCUGUCCCUCAUGGCAGACAAGGUGGUGCAUAUUCGCCGAACAUGCUACUCAGUGGUGUGUCAGUUAGUGAAGCAGCUGAACUGUGAGGGUGACCCCAGGUAUGUGGAGGCUCUAAGCAAACAGUUGAGAGAAAAGUUUGCUCAGGCACCCACGUGGUCGCAGCGGCAGUCUUACGCCUUCCUUUGUGGCCAUAUGGUGGCGGAGAACUCCCUCCACCUGGAAGACUGGUGCCGCCUUUUCCUGCCGAGCCUCCUUUCCCUUGCCUUAGACCGGGUCCCGAAUGUCCGCAUCGCUGUGGCCAAGAUGCUCACUACACACAUUGCAUGCCUAGAUUUUUGUCAGAACCCCGAGAACGAGGUUACGAUGCAGGUGCAGGAGACACUGGAGAUGCUGCGCCAGGACAAGGACCGGGAUGUGGGCCACUUUGCCUGCUGCCCCAUGAACACCGACUGUCUGCUUGACCCCCAUGACCCAACAUUAUAAUGGUGGCUCCUCUAGCUCUGUGGUCUCCCAGGGCACCUCCCUGGUAGUCAUGUCUGGCUUGUCAGAAGGAAAGGGUUCAGUCUUGGAGUUUUUAUGUCGAGGUCAAGUCAUUCCGAGCUGUGAUGGAAGCUCGAGUAAGCACUGGCGUAGAUUCGAGUGAUAGGUUAUUUCACAUUGAAAACUGGUAAAUCACUAUUCUUUAAUUGCAUACCUAGAAUAUUGUUUGUACGUUGCAAAUUACACGUUUGGUGCAUGAGCCACUGCUGUUGUACUGGUGGCAAGGUGUGAGAGAGGGAGGUGGUGGUGGUGCUGUGUGCUGGCUGUGGCCACCACCAGGAUGUGUGUUGGAUGGUGGAUGCUGCACCAGUCAAUGCCUCAACACUGCAGAACACAUCCUCUUUACUUUACUUAACUGUGAUUAAGAUUGCCUCCAGAUCAGUGCAGAUUGUAAGUCUGGACACUUAUUAGCAUCCAUUUAGUUAAAUUCCUUUGACUUUAUAAACCAAAGCUCAUCAGAGUGUAUGUAGAGUUUGAGAGUACUAAGGCAGUUGCUAACUAAUUCAUGAGCCAGAAUCCAAGCUAUUAGGUAACAGUUGUGUAGGAAGUGUGUACAUUGGGGUGUUUUGUAAUAUACAGUAUAUGUGAGCUAGGGAAGUACAAAUAUAUGAGUGAAAUCAGUAGCUGGGUUGGUGACUGCUCGUGAUCAUGCGGUGAAGGCUGCCCACCGUGCAGGCCGGUCCCCACCAGCAGCCACACCGCUGCCCUGUGCUGGAAUUUUUUUUUUUUUUUUUUUUUUUUAUUGUUUUUAUUGUUUUUCAUUUCACAAAGCCCCUGUGAUAUGCUUGGAACUUGCUCUCUUGAGUUCCUCUGCAGGAAAUUUAUUUGAUUUACCACUUAAGUAAAUAGUCAUGGUGUUAACUCUUUCACAUUUAUCACUUUAUCUAUAAUUUAUGCUCAAGAGCUGUCUGCAGCUAAGUGAAAAGACUCAAUUAAUUUUGAUAAAAUUUACUUUUAUUAGAAUGUUCCCAAUGAGGGUUGAAUGGAGCUACUUAACAGUGAGAGAAUGUCAGCAAAUGCAGUUGCAAGUCUGGCUCAGUGCUCAAGUGAAGGCGACGGGGCCCCACACACUGCUCCUCUACAGUGAUGUUUUCCAUCUACCUAAUCAAAACUCAAGACAGAAGGUGCAGGGAGGCACUGGAGGGACACAGCAUGCCAGGGGCACAGCAUGGCACUGAUCAUGCCGGUGCCUGGGAGCAUGACUGGUGACCCCUAGGUCCCACACUGCCACAGGGAUCAGUAUCAUUUCACCCACACUCGGUCUUGGUGAUGCUGUGCUUCAUCGUAACGACUCCUCACUGAUGAAUUUCUGUGCAGCCUCCCUGUCUGCAGGUGUGGUGCAUUGAUAUUCACGUGAAUCCAGCCCAAGCCACCCCACAGGGUAGACCAGAAUCCAAAGUGAAUCAAAAGUUGGCCCCAGUCACCAGAUCGCCCGUGCUUUGGGUGUAACACUGUAAUUAGCACUCACCUCAGCUGGUCUCCAUUGUUCAUUAUUUAAGACAAAGCCAUAUAUUUUUGUGUAUUAUCCUUGAUACAAAUAUACCGUGCCAUUUCCACUGUGUGAUGCCACUGACACAUAAUGGUUUUAAAUUGGCAUCAGUAAAUAAAAUCUUCGCAAUCUUUUUAACCUCACUGUAAAUUGUCAUUGUACAGGUAUAAUAUAUAAUAAAACUAUAAUAAAACA